UUUUAUUAUAAAGAAAUAAUUAAAUCAAAUAACACACGCGACUAAAUGUUUGGAGAUUGGAGAUCGUGUGUUAUUGUUUGAGUGUGAAAAAGCAGUAAUGCUAGUCUACGUGAAGAGAUAUGACCGAGAAAAGAAAAGAGAACAUUGAAUAUGGCUUCCAAAAUGGUAAGCCAGAAUUGGAAAUUAAAUGCUUUAAUGGGAAGGUAUUUUCUGAAUUUCAAAAGGCAGCCAAUUUCUUCUUCAAUUCAACAUUUACCGGCUGGAUGGAAGGAGACAGUACGACUUAUCUCAUCCCGCCACUGUUUCGAUGCAAAUCUGAAGGCUUCUUAGAAUCUGGUUUGAAUUCUGCGAACGGCAUGGUUGGGAAUAUAAUAGGUGAUCAAAACGAGUUCAGUCUAUACCGUGCCUUGGAAAAAAAUCAAUCAACUGGUCCACAGAUUGUGUUUCACAGCUUCAGAUUGCGUGAGCGUUUAAAAACGUACAACAAGCUAAUGUUGGCUUCUUAUCACGGUAUGAAGAAUCCGUUCGAGAUUCACGCCAAGAAAAUUUUACGUCAAAUCGAUGAAAACACACGCCGCGAAGAUGCGGAAUGUGAUUUUGUGAUGUUCGAUAAAGAACACGGUGUAUUUUUGUUUGAAGUCAAAUCAUCUGUAAAAGCACGCAACGACGCCAAACAGCAAUUAGAAGUCGACAGUAUGUUCAUGAAAGUGUUAAUCGAAAACGGGUUGGCGGAAGCAGGCUUCGUAAAUGCUUGGGAGUUAUCGGAAAACAUUCCCAUACACACGUACGCAGUCUACCCCUCCGUGCAUCGACCGAGUGGUUUUGAAGAUAUGGAGAUAUUUAAAGACGAUAUCAAAUCGUUAGAUAAAUGGUGGAAAAGAAAUGUUAAAGACGUCAAAAAGAGACGAUCGAAAGCAGACGAGAUCAUAGAAUUAAUGACGAUAUUGGCUGCGCGAUUUGUUGCCAUGGCAAGUACGUCACCCAUCACUAUUAACGAAGCCAUCGCCAAUCUCGGCGAUACCUUAACUCUCCAGACUUUUGGCAAAUCAAAAAAAUUCAAAUUUAUGUUUUUCACGCCCAACCAAGAUGAGAUUCUCCAUCACGGGCCAGAAAAGUUAAUAUUACAAGGACCACCGGGUUGUGGUAAGACCAUCAUUAUGAUGUACAAGUCGUUGGAGUUGGCGAAAAUUAAGCAGCAGGAGAUUAAUAACAACCAUUGCCUUUCGUCUUCCGUACAAAUAUCCAACACACCCAACGGUAUCAGCUUGAAAAAAAUUUUGGUAAUAUGCGGCUAUAAAGCGUACGGGUUAAAGUGUAUGUAUAAAGAUUUUCUUAAGGAAAACUUAGGGUCAAAUUACACAGCGCUGGUCGAUGUUCUAACAAAACAAGAACUAGAUUCUAAAUACGGCUCUCCGUUGUUGUUGAUAGAGAAAGAUAAUAUAUGCAGUCAUUAUUAUUGUGAUGUAUUUAUUGAUGAACUACAAUCCGUGAUGGAAAACCUGAUCAAAUGUUCUCCUUCCCUGGAAGAAAAACUGUUCAACUUUAUUGAUUUGUUACCGAAAACAUUUCAUUUCGUGUGGUUGUCCAUUGAUCCAUCGCAAUCCACUGUGCAGGCGAUAUUACCUCCAAAAUAUAACGAUACUCUAUGGGAUGUUUCCAAGCUGUCCCGUACAUUAAGAAACACUGAAAAUAUAGUUAAAGAGGUCCGCCAUUUUGCUAUAUCAGGUUAUGACGUCACACCGGGGCAUAGAAUACAAGGUACGGCGACCGAAUGGAUUGACGUUGACAUUGAAAACGAAGAACUUACUCAUCAACACUUAAUCGAAGUUAUUCAACACCUGACGGAACAAAAACGACGGACGCUGAAGGUCAUAAAUAGUAGUAACAUGGCUGAAAUCGUAAAUCCAGGUAAUUUGGAACACAAAGAUAUAUUAGUGUAUUGGAAUAAAAAAGAAACUAGAAAUUUACAACAAUUAAUCUUUGCGAUGGAGAGUGCAAGUAUACCUGUGCAUAUGUUGUCUCCAUCAUACUCGAGAAAUGUUAACAAAGUGACGGUUGCGAUUGACGCGGAGGAGAUUUUAUCUAUGGAGUUUCGCGUUGUCAUUGCUAUGUAUGUCAACUACGGAGAAGAGUACGCUGAAAAAAGUUUGAUCGUGCCAGUGAGCCGAGCAAUGUGUCAUUUAAUCAUGUUUAGAAAUAUUUCAGUGUAAAUCUAUCGCUGAUAAAUUAAUAGGGCUGGAUUUACAAUUUGUAAAUGCAAGUAAAGAUAGGGAAGUUUACUUGAGGCUCAAGUAAACAUUCGAAGACAACAAUAGUGCUUCGACCAAAAUAAAUGCGAACAGUCUUGUGAAAUUGAUUCGAUCGACAGUUGCUAAACGUUAGCGCUCCCGAGAAACAGGCUUAGAAAAAACACAGAUCACAUAGCCACAUUCUGAGACCUAAAUUCAAGCAGAAUACCUUUUGUAUUUUUUUCGUUUGGUUUUGUAAUUUAGAAGCUUCCUGUCCACAUUUAAAUGCAUUGAAUAUGAUAAUUAUGUUGUUUUUGUGUCCAAGCAAGUAUGUAUAUGAAAUUUUAUUCAUGUGUAUUCUAAAUAGAUUUCAAACCAGCUGGCCAAUUUAUUGGUAUAGUGUGUUAUGGGUCAAAAUGUUGGACAACAAUGACUUCAAAAAAUGUUGCUAUUUCGAAUUGAUCUAACAAGAAACGUUUUAAGACAAGCAAUGUAUAUAAACAAUUAAAAAUUCUAUUUUUUAUCAGUUCAAAAUUUUAUUUGUAAUUUUUUUAGGCAACAUUUUUAAAUAUGUAUUUAGCAAGUGAUUUGACGGGUGUAACAUAAACAGUUUAUUUUUAUUUAUUCUAUAUCUUAUUAUUAUGAAUUCUCUGAAAUUCAAGUAAAUUCUCAAGUACUGUAUCCGACCAAGAUCUGCCAGCUCAUAUUAAUCGUCAUCAAUUAUAGUCUACUCAAAAUUUUGUUCUAGAGAGAGUGCUGCGUCUUUUUUUGUGAGUAGUUUCAAUUCAAUUGUUUCAAUUUUUUUUCGAUCUGUUUUGAUCUUUUUUUAUCAGAACUAGUCGGUGACCCGUGGAAAAAUCCACGGGUUUGCCCGUUCUUUUUCUACCGCAUUGCGUGCUUCUCGCUACUUGCGGUACCAUUUUGCGUGACAGACGGACAGACAAAAUACGGCUAUUAUUAAAGAGAUAUCAAAAUCCCAAUCAGGUUGGUUAUUAUUCCUAUUUUGUCAUGUUUAAUGUGUAGAAAUAUAUUUUAUAUUUUUGAGUAAUUAAACUGAUUUUUACGUCAGCAUCGUAGCUGUUUAGAAGUAGAGGGGUAGGGGGGACUACGACAAAUAAAACAGUGUUCUCAUAAAUUUCUUCUUUUAAUAACUGAAUAAAGACGACAAGCUUCUUCUCCCGUCACGUUAAGGAAUACCAUUAUAGCACGUGACCCUGCGCGCGUUCGUAAUACGCAGCUACGCCCAACGGUUAUGUUAUAUUUACAACAAGGCAUUGUAAAACGUUUUACUUGCUACAUUUUUUAUUUUGUGGCAAAAAGAUAAAGCUUGUUUGUAAAUAGAACAAAACCCACGUUAUACAAUUUUGGCAAUUAAUAUUGUUAGGAUAUGGAUGUUCUACUUACAAUUCAGUACGGGCUCAAAAAAAAACUUGAAAUGGUCUGGAAGUAAAGCAGAAUUUUCAUAUUUUGUAUAAAUUGGGAUAUCUAGCGGCAGCAUAGAUUAGCCCAGGACUAAUAUAGUUAGUUUUAAAACCAUUUUUAUCUAAAUUUCCUCUUAUCGUUCUUGCUUUUUUAAAGUUUCUUGGUCGGUUCCUGAAGACGUUCUUAGCGGUAGCUUCAUUUACAUCAUAAAUUAUACAAAGAUGUUUGUAGUUUAUUGAGAAGGAUAUUGAAGGCUUUCGAAUUCAACUCGGCUUAAUUUUCAUAAGAUGUCUAAAUGAGCAGAAGUAAGCAGUAGCUCUCUAAUACGCAUAUUUAAAUUAGCUGCGGACGAAAAUGACGCCUAAAUGGGAACAGGCUUAUAAUUCCAUUUCAUAGUUGAUCAAAUUUCAUAAUUUUAAACUAAUGGUUUUAGAUUUGUCAUCAUAUGAACUUUUUUAAAUUUCAUUUUAAUCCAUAUUUAUAUGUUCAUGCGAAAAUGUAUAUAUUGGCGAGAUAUAGCUACAAAAGGACUUGAUAUGAUUCUUCGCAGAAA